CACACGAAUGGCGUAAGACGUUAUGGAGCUCCUUUAAUAUCAAACUGUUAUUAUCUAAUUAUAUUUUUAUACAUCAAAAGCAAUAGACAGCGAGGUAAAUUUAACGAUUUCUGAUCUCCGAUGAAAUGUCAGCUAAACACCUGCGUUAUGUCUGUGGAUGGCCCCCGGACCUCUGUCUUCACCUUUCAGUCUGCUGUACACAGCCAUCAUGUUCUUCGCUCACUGGAAGAGCAGAGGCAGAAUCAGAUCUUGUGUGACGUCACUGUGGAAGUGGAGAGCAGAAGCUUUGGAGCACACGCUUCUGUGCUGGCUUCCUGCAGUGACUAUUUUUACACCAGACUCACAAACCACAGCAGACCAAACCACACUGUCAGCUUACCAGAUGAGGUCACCGUGGAAGGAUUUGAGCCCCUGCUGCAGUUUGCCUAUACUGCAAAGCUUCACUUCACUAAAGAAAAUAUCCUGGAGAUCCACAGAUGUGCUGAAUUCCUGGGAUUUCACAACCUUGAUAAAGCCUGCUUUGAGUUCAUUGUCCCCAAGCUGGCUGAUAGUAGUAAAACCCCACCAAAAGUCAAAAGCAAAGGCAAUAGCCAAGAUUCCCGUGAGAAAUCCCAACCCACCUUUGGAAACCAGAGUCCUAUCAGUGACCACAACCCUGAAACUGGAAAUGAUGAUGCACCUCAUUUGGCAGAAUCUGUUGCACAAACCUCAUGUGCAACACCAUCUACAGAAUUAGAUGUACCCACUCAGUGCGCAAAAAACACUUCAUACCAUGUUGGUGAUGGUCAAGAACCGUUUUUCCUGGAGAACUGUGGCCCACAGUUGCCUUCAUCUUCUUUGGCAGCCAAUGAAGUUUGUCCAUUCCUGUCCCUUUCAAGCACCAGUGGCAACGAAAAACUGCAUUCUGCUAGAGUUGGCUAUGGCAGAGACAUUUUAACAAUGGAUGAAGAAUUUCAGAAAGAGCUUACAGUGGAUGUCCAUUGUGUUUCUACUGAAACAUCUUCUGAUAAAGACCUGAACAUGAAUAUCAUUCAGGGACACUUUGACCAAUAUGAAAGUUCUCUAAUUCCACCAAAUGACUGUCACCAUCCAUGUUCUCGGAGUUCAACAGAAUCCAGCAUGGUUUUGGACAGCAUUGAUAGCACUGGAAACCUAAACAACAUUGGAGCCAACAACAAUCAAGUCUUUGAUUCCGGCGAACAAACAUUCCCCGAUCUGGCCCAUAAAGAUGUCUCCAAUGAACGGAUCACAGUGGAAAGGGAAGUGGCUGAACAUCUCACAAAGGGCUUUUGGCCUGAUUUGUCCUCCACAUUAACCGAGCCACUACCUCUGGAUUCUGUUGACCAGACAUCUGCAGGAAAUAGCUCAGACUUCCACUGGUUGAAGCAUCUGGAUCUGGGUGCUGCACCUGAUGAUUGUCCCUUUCUGAGGGACCUGAGCUCCAAUGAGCGACAGAUUUCUAGAGGGGACAACCUGUCCAAAGAGGACAUGAGCGACAGUCCCUGCAUGUCCUCUAUUAACUCAAUGGAGAACUCUGAGUGUGAAUCAGAUGGCGACAGUGAGCAAUGUUGUAGCAAUGAACAGGUGCAGGAGGUAGAUUUACCAUUCCCUGUGGAACAAAUUUCUAGCAUAAGCAGGAGAGCAUUCCUGCAGAUGUUGAAAGAGCAGCAACUGACCCCGGAACAGCUGGAAUUUGUUCAGGAUGUGAGACGACGCUGUAAGAACCGUGUGGCUGCACAGCGCUGCCGCAAAAGGAAGUUAGACUGUAUCUACAGGCUGGAGGGAGAUAUCAAAAGACUGAGGAACGAAAAGGAGAAGUUACUGCAAGAUCGUAACCAGCUCAAGCUUGGCAUGGAGGAGAUGCAUCAGAACCUCUCAGGCCUGUGCCAGAGCCUCUCCAAGGACACCUCUGAGCAGCUGCAGGUGCUGGCCGGGUACGUCUCCACCGACUUUCCCACUUCUGUCCUACUCUCCUCCAUUGCCUCCCCAAACCUGGCUGGCCCAGACCGGGAAACCCAUGCAGACACCGGCCUGGAGGUCUUUAUUGCAGAGGAAGUUCUGGACACUUGUCCUCAAGAAGAUAAAGCAGCACGCAGGUCCUCCUCUGCCUUGCAAGACAACAUGCAUAGCACAGUUACAGAUCCGGAUCCAUGUUUCAGUAUGAAGUAAAGCACUUUGUGACGGUCUGAUAUUUCAUUUUUACUCAGGAGCUUACCUUUCUACUACAAUCAGUUACAAUUUUAACCAUGACCUUCUUAUUUGUAGCACUUUCGUAAUUUUUUAUAAGACAUGUAUGAUAUGAAUAUGACUAUUUUGCACUUUUACCAGGAGUUUCUUAAGAAAUGGCUUGGCCUUUCAUCCCUUGUUUACUGUUAUGCUGUGGAUUCAUAAUGGCUACGUUCAUGCAGUCAGUGUUUACUAACAGGUGUGAAUCUCAAAUUGUUCUGGAACCGCUUGCAUGCGCUUAUUGAAUACUGUCUGUACAAACCAAAAAACCAAAGUCAAGCCCAUUUUCUAUUCUCAAAAUAAGCUGUGAAUAACACGUUACCAUAGUGACAGUUACUAAAGUAACUAUCAAAGAUGGUGACAUCAAUAAAUUCAGAAAUUCUUUUAACAAUUGACACAAUGCUAUUUAAUGAACCAUUCCAACCAAUGGGCAAUUUGAUGCGUCAAAUCUAAAUUGACUGACAAUGGCUUUGAAUUAGAUCUGGGUGAUUUGACUACAUAAUUAUAUCUUGAUAUUUUUCAGCCUACUAACAAUAUUCAACAUGUACUGUAUCUUGAUAAUGAUGCAUUUGCUUUGAAAUGGCUUGAAAUUAUAAUUUUUUUAAUCAGAAGAACCAUCCUCCAAACAGCUAUUGUAGCAGUAGAUUCAAAAUGUGUAAUGCAUAAACUAAAACUCUAGUUAAAAAUAAUGAAGGCAUGUUUUCCAAAAUUUUUCACUAAAAGGAUCAUCCUGAUCAUCUCAUAACAAGGCCACAUGUCAAGGUCUGGGUAGAUUAGAUGGUAAGCAAACAAUCAAUUUUCGUAGUGUUGAAUGCAGGAGAAAUGGGCAGGAGUAAAGACCUGAUCAACUUUAACAAGGGCCAAAUUGUUAUGGCCAGAUGACUGGGUCAGAGCAUCUCUGAAACGUCAAGGCUUGUGGGGUGCUCUCGGUCAGGUGUGGCGAGUACCUACCGACAGUGUUCCGAGGAGGGACAAACCACAAACCGGCGACGGGGUGUUGUGUGCUCAAGGCUCAUCUAUGCGUGAGGGCAACGGAGGCUAUCCCUUCUGGUCAGAACCAACAGAAGGUCAGCUGUGUCACAAGUCACAGAAUUGUUUUUAUGAUGGUUAUGGGAGAAAUGUGUUACAACAUGCAUUGGAUCGCACCCUCCUGCGUAUGGGGAUUAGCUGCAGAACGGAGUGACCAUGAUGACCCCAUUCCACCGUCGAAAGCACCUACAAUGGGCGUUGUCCGAUGAGACCUGUUUUCUUUUACAUCACAUGGAUGGUCGUGGUGAUGGCACCUGGAUGCACUGUGGGAAGACGACAAGCUGGUGGAAGGAGUGUGAUACACUGGGCAAUGUUCUACUGGGAAACCCUAGGUCCGGCCAUUCAUGUGGAGGUCAAUUGUUGCAUGCCACUUACCUAAACAUUGUUGCAGACCAGGUACACCCCUUCAUGGCAAUGGUAUUCCUUGAUGGCAGUGGCCUCUUUCAGCAGGAUAAUUCGUCCUGCCACACUGCACACAUUGUUCGGGAAUGGUUUGAGGAACAUGAUGAAGAUUUCAAGAUGUUGCCCUGGCCUCUAAAUUCCCCAGAUCUCAAUUUGAUUGAGCAUCUGUGGGAUGUGCUGGACCAACAAGUCCAAUCCAUGGCGGCUCCACCUCGCAACUUACAGGAUUUGAAGGAUCUGCUGCUAAUGUCUUGGUGCCAGAUACCACGGGACACCUUCAGGGUUCUUGUCAGUGUUUGACAUUUUACAAUGUUCCUGUCUGAUACUAUUUCACAUUUUUAGAUUUGUGUAAUGAAGUGUAGCAGUUACACAUUUUUGGAGUUGCAUGAAUAUGUGAACCUUUAGAAAACAGCGUUUCAUGAGCUCCGCACGUGCACACACACAACAGCGCCUCACCCGUUCACUCUGAAGCGCACUCAGACUAUGCAUUACUUUUAUAAAAUCUCAACCUUUUGUGGUUUAAUAAUCACAUAUGACCAUUUUGAUAAUUGGUUAUUUUCAUUAAUUUUGCAGGCCAUAAGGAUUGUGAAAUCAAUCUAAUGACACGCUUUUUAGGAACUGAAGUAGUCAAAUAAAAAGCACAUUUAAAUCAUUGCAAUAUCCACAAUAUUGAUAAUUUCAUCAAAAUAAUUUUGAUUAUAUUGUGACUAUUCAAUUUAUCAGCAAGUCAUGAGUGCAGAAUUUGGGUCAUGCCCAGAAUACAAAACAUUUGGAAGACAGCAACUGGACCUAAAACCUUUGAAUGACACAGAUUAUAUAUCAGUUAUCAAAACCCAACAUAAAAAACUUCAACCCACUAGCCAAAUUCAGAAUUCGGUUGUGAACCCUGAAAUUUUAAAUGGAGGUACUCUGUUAUCAUUUCCAUUCAUAACCAAACUAUGCCAUUUCCAUAACAUUCAUAACAUAUCCAUUUCCAUUAAUAACCGAACAUACAGUUACUUUAUUUAGCACUCUAAAACAGGACUAAUAAUAAUAUUCUGCUGGUGUGUGAACAUUGUCAAUAUGAAAUCCACAGAUUGUUGCAUUAUUCUAGUAUUAUUCAUUUCACUUACACUGCCGCAGUGGACAAUCAUUGUAAUUCCCUUGAUUAUAAUUUUAUGAUGUCAUGUAUAACAUAUAAACAAGUACAUUCCAGUGUGUAGCCCAGUGGUUCCCAACCCUGUUCCUACAGGCACCCCAACACUAUAUUUUGUAUGUCUCCCUAAUCAAACACACCUGAUUCAACUCAUCCGCUCAUUAGAGACUCCCAAGACCACUGGUGUAGCCUAAUCCACCUUUGGCAUUACUGGCAUGAAAAUUGUAUACUGAAUAUGCAUCUCUUUUUAAAGUAUUAAUUCUGUAUAUGCAUAUGACUUUUGUCAUUCCUACACUUUUAAAUGCAUACUAUAUAGGGUUUGUCUAAAUAUACAUGGAAGAUGUAUUCAUAGUCUCAAAGGUAAGAAUAAUGAACUUUCAAUGUCUCACAUUAAAGGGUUAGUUCACCCCAAAAAUUAAAAUUCUCUCAUGAUUUACUUAUUGUGCACAUUGUGUCAAAAACAUGUGUACUCAUAAUCUUUCAUCCAAAUGGUCCACAUCUUAAACAACUUUCCAUUUCUGCUGCCAUCACCUAGGCUUUUGGGUAAUGUUAACCAAUCGCCAAAUAGCUAUUUAGGCAUUGUUACAUAUGAUUUUCAUUCAAGUCUCCAUUCUGGAUCCAAUCCAUUACCAACGGAUAAUGUAAAGUCUCGGCCUACAGUGAAUGGCGAUUCAUGUUGACUGAAUGAAAAAUCACUUUAAUACAUUUCUUAGUCCAAAGAUUUAACCCUGUUGUUGUUACUGUUUUCUGUGUCAUAGUUACUUUAUUGAAAUGUUCUAUUUUUACAUUUAUGUGACUUUGUUAUAACCCUGUAACCAAAGUAUUGCAAUGUAACCAUGGAAUGCACUGUAUAAUUCAUUUAAUUGAUUCAGAUGUAUUGAAUAGUAGCAAAUAAUUGCUAAUUAAAUAACAAGCCAGUAAAAACAUGUUUUCACUAAAUGUGUAAACACAUGAAUAGCAAUUAAUUAGUCCUUGCUGUUUCAUAACCUUUGUUUAGCCAUACAAAGUACAUUACUCAUUUGUUUGUUCUCUAAUAAUGCAAGCGCAAAUACUGCUCAAAAUAAUAAGUUGUUAAUGAUAAGUGUUUGCAAAAUGGAAUACAUUGAAUACAUUUCAUAUCAGCAAUACUGAUGUGUCACAACACAUUUAUACAUUUUCUGGAUAAAAUGCAUGUGAUGCUUGGCUGUGCAAAACUUAUUGCCACAAUGCAACAGUUUUGUGGGUGCUAUGUAGAGGUGUAACAUUCAUGAGUUACAGAAUUUAAGCAUCAAUUAUCAAUAUAUAUUAAUACCCAAUGUGAUACAGAUACCGUCUCGCAACAAACGAGAAGCACGUAAGGUUGAAGGGAAAAAA